AAGUGUUUUUAGUAUUAAUUUAAUAAAUAAAUAGAAAAUUAGAUAUAAAAAUGGCCACAGCAAAUUGUAGACAAGUAAUGGGCGAUUGCUUUACAAUUGGAUCUAUAGUUAUUUGUAAAACAUGUUAUAAUCAAGAAAUUGAAGGGGAAGUUGUGGCAUUUGAUCCACAAUCGAAAAUGUUGAUUUUGAAGUGCCCUUCCACGUGUGGUAACGUAAAUUUAAAUGAUGUAAACAUCGUUAAUUUAUCACUUGUUAGCGAUGUACAAGUGAAACAAGAAGGUAAUAUUAAUCCAGAACCUGUUCAAUCAUUAAACUUACAACGGUUAAAUACACGAAUUCGUAAUUCCAUCGAUGAAAAACGGCGUAUGGUAUCAGCAUUAUCGGCAGGUGUCAGCCCGGAUGGUCAAAGAUUGUUUAUGCAAAUUUCGAAACUUAUAAAUGAUGAGGUAACAUGGCGAGGUUCAGAUAUUGUAGUUUGGCAAGAAGAAGUUAUAAUUAGUCCACCAUAUGGCUUAAAAGAUAUACGAGGGAAUGCUGAAAGUAAAGAAUUCACAUAUAUUAAAAAAGUGGUUGAGAAACAUUUGAAAGAUCAAGCAGCAGCGGGCAACUCACCUACGAAUUCAGGUGUAAAUAAUUUAGUUGGUAGCAAUCAAUCGUCGGUAACUGCAACUGUUGGUCAGCAAUAAAAAUAAACUUAAUAAUAAUAAAUAAAAACAAAAACAAUUAUUAUUUAUAACAAAUACAAAACAAUAAAAAAACAUCAAAAACUUUAAAAAAAUUAAUAUUAUUUACAAUGAAAGUUCAAAGAUGGCACUAAUUACGUAAAAUCCAUUGAUGUUUAUACUGUAAAAGAAGUCAUUAAAAAGUAUUGAUUUAGAAACCACAUUGGCCUGUGGUUUCGCCCGUCAACUCAAUUCAUAUACAAAUUUUCAACACUAACUCAAUUUGGACGAACAUUAAAUCAACGCAAAGUCUUAAAAACUACGAAAAAACGGUUUUCUUACUAGGAACCCCCUCCGAACUAACUUUCAAAAAUAAACUUAAUAUUUUUAGUGAUCUAGUUUACAGUAUAAAACAUCUACGAUAGGAUAUUAUUUUACAUGAUGUCUCGAUUUUGUCUGAAAAAAUUUCACGAUUUUCAUUUAGAAAAUUCCAGAAAUUUUUAUAUUUUGUACCAAUUUUUUUUUUUUUUUUUACAAAAUAUCGCUUUGCAUACUAAAGUUUGUCAAAGCUGUGCCAUCCAUCCCUUUAGAUAAACAAAUUUGUCGACUGAAUUGAAAGCACAGUUGUUAAAUUUUAUCACAAAAUAGAAAUUGCCAUCAACGACAAAACGGAACGUUGUAAAUUAUUCUGGUUUUUUUUAACUUGAGUGGCAGAACGGUAGUUAAAACGAGGAAAAAAUUUGUGCAUAUUUCACUGAUGGGCAAAGAAAGUGAGAUAAUACAAACGCUAAAACUCUCAUAAGUUAAAAUGAAUCCAUCCAGUGUUUUGCUGUCAAUCGAGCCCGAAUGUAUUUUAAGCAUGUGGAUAUUUUAUAACGAAGGUAUAAAAAAACAAGGAGGAUAAGUCAAGAACGUAUAUAAUAAGGAUAUAAAACUCGAGUGGAGAGGGUAGCAGGAAAAAAACCGUCUAUCUGGGCGAAGUCUAGUCCUCUCGGUCGUUACGUUCUUUGUACUGUGCGUCAGGCUGUCUUUAUUAUCAAUUUUUUGCCUUUUUCAAUCUAUUGAAAGUGAUUGAAAACAUAUUUUCAAUCACUUAGACAGGCUGUUGCUCUGUACAGAGUACGCAACGACCGAUGACUAGACUCCGCCCAGAUAGGCGCCACGCCUAUUGGUCGACAUAGGAAAUUGCAUGUCCUUAUUAUAUACAUUCUUGGGAUAAGUCCUUGCGGACACAUAGUAAAAAGAGUUUUCUAUUCGAUUUUCUAUGCCUUUCAGUGUAUAAUUAAUCAAGUGGCAUUGUUAAAGUUUUAUGAAAAUGUAAAUAAAUUUAAGAAAAUAAAAUAAAUAUCAGUAUUUAUAAAAUGAAGUGUACCAAAAUUUUUGAAUUUUCAUUGUAGGGUCUUUGAGAUCAAAAUACAAGACCUCUGUAACAUACUACGUUGAUAAUAUUAUUUUCGUUUGGUGUAGAACAUACAUGACGUCAUGCAAGCGGCAAAUUUAGCAACUUUAUACUACAUAGUUUUUAAAAAAGUGCUGCAUAUUACAUAAAUGAAUGUGACGAUUAAUCUGGUAAACAUGAAAAUGUCAGUCCCGUAGUUACUGCAAGUUUUAGUUAUUCAAAAUAGUAAUUAUAUGUCUAGAGUGUUAGGAGAGCAUCUGUAAAAAGUAAAAACUAACAUGUUUGCCUAAUAAACUUAUUAUUUAAAUGACAAAGGAAUAAGAAAGUUAAGGGCAGGAAAGAAAAAAAACU